CGCCUGACCCACACGGGAGAGAAUAUUUGAAGGGGCUCGUGGGGUGUGUGAGAGCAUGUGUUUAUGUGUGCGAGUGCGAGACAGUGAAACUGGAGAUAGAGCUAAAGAGAGAGGCAGCCUUUCUUUCUCCUCACUCCUCAGUCCUCACUCUCCUGCUCUCUCCCCCUGCUACCGAGCAAGCUGCUAGCUUAUAUUGCUCCUCUUCUCUCUUCUCAGUUCUCAUCCUGUUCUUCUCCUCCUCCUCCUCUCUGCCUGCUGAGCUAGAACGAGAGAGAUAGAGCGAGAUCAGAGAGGACUGGGACUUGGCCAUAUAUGGCUUUCCUUGUGGAGCGGUGCGGUGAGAUGGUGGUGUCGAUGGAGAGCUCGCACCAAGCGAAGCCGGUGCCGGCGCCGUUCCUGACCAAGACGUACCAGCUGGUGGACGACCCCUGCACCGACCACAUCGUGUCGUGGGGCGAGGACGACGCCACCUUCGUCGUCUGGCGCCCGCCCGAGUUCGCCCGCGACCUCCUCCCAAACUACUUCAAGCACAAUAACUUCUCCAGCUUCGUCAGGCAGCUCAACACCUAUGGUUUCAGGAAGAUAGUGGCUGACAGAUGGGAGUUCGCCAACGAGUUCUUCAGGAAGGGAGCCAAGCACCUCCUCGCCGAGAUCCACCGGAGGAAGUCCUCGCAGCCGCCGCUGCCACCGCACCAGCCCUACCACCACCACCACCUCAACCCCUUCUCUCCGCCGCCCCCGCCACCGCCGACUCAUCCGGUGUACCACUUCCAAGAAGAGCCGCCCGCCGCCGCGCACGGUGGUCACGGGAGUGGAGGCGGCAAUGACGGCAGCGGCGGGGAUUUCCUGGUGGCGCUGUCGGAGGACAACCGGCAGCUGCGGCGCCGCAACUCGCUGUUGCUGUCGGAGCUGGCGCACAUGAAGAAGCUCUACAACGACAUCAUCUACUUCCUGCAGAACCACGUGGCGCCGGUCACGAGCCCCUCGUCGGCGGCGCACGCACAGCUGCCCGCCCGCACCGGCGCGGCGUCCUCCUGCAGGCUGCUGGAGCUGGACCCGGACUCCUCCUCACCGACGGCGGAGGCGUUGCCCGGGGACGCGGACGGCACGGUGAAGCUGUUCGGCGUGGCGCUGCAGGGCAAGAAGAAGCGGGCGCACCGGGAGGACGGCGACGACGACAAUGACCAGGGAAGCGAGGUGUAGGCCGCUGGCUUGCCGUCGUGUACAUAUAAAGAUCAGAUCAGAGAGGAGUAGCUCGCUCGCUAGCUAGGCUUGGUUAAUUUCUUUAAUCUUGAGUGCGUGCUGAGAUUAAUUUGCAUGGUGCAAGUGUUCAUCAGUCUGAGAUUUAAGCCAACUAGAAUGCAUGCAUGGAUGAAUCGAUGAAAGUGCCAAGGCUUGCACCUUCUUCUUAUGCUCUUUCUGGCCGUGCAUGGGACGGGAAGGCGGUUUGCUCUUUUGCUAGCUCAUGAAAAGACUUAGUUGACUAGUUGCUAGAAAAUGCUAAGCAGUCCAAGCUCCAUGGCCUAUAAUUUUCUUGGAAUUGCUAUAAAUCUGUCACGUAAUUUUCAAUCAGUUUAUCACCUUGGAAUACGCAUCAAGAUUAAUUCGUAGGCCGUCAUAUCCAUCUCCAGCUAGAGCUUCUUUAAUUUAGGGUAGUAGAAGGUUCACUGGGUUAAUUAGGGUUCAGGUUCACUUGAUCCUAACCGUGGAAUUAGUGUUGGUGGCGGAGCCAAGAGGUGCGGAUUUUGGGCCACCGGAGACGAGGAAGAACACGAGUGACGACGACGGAGGAGGUGAAGGACGUUGGUGCUGA